AUGGACCGAAGACACUCGCUUCCAAUCACACCUUCUAACCCAGUGACCCAGAAAAGCGGACUUGGCUCGGUGUUCAAGUCGCUGACCAAGGGCUUCAAGUCGUCCUCCAGCGGAGCUCCCCAGACUCGGCCGACAGUGGUAGGAGGAGCAGCAGACCAGGAGGAGCUGAUGCGCGUGCUUGCGACAGGAACGCCCGACAAAAAGGUCGAGGCGGCCAUGGCACUGGAGCAUGCAGUCCAAACAUACUCGGUGUCAUCGAUUCCCGAAAUCUGGUAUGCCGCCAGAGAUCUCACCAAGACGGACCAACCCACGGAGUGCCGACGAAGCGGCCUCAAGCUUAUGAUUGCAUGCAUCAAGCAGGAUGAGAGCGCUACGGGAUCGCGACUGGCGUACUUUCAAAGCCUCAUCGAGAACUCCAACCUCCAGGACUUUGACCUGCAGCUGGAGGUGCUGCGAGUCCUUACCGACAAUGGCAAAAACGUCUUCGACCUGUACCAGUCCGGAUACCCCUUCACACACAUUCUCAGCUCGUGGCUCAAACGUCUGGCUGCCGAGGCGCAGGACGUGCGUAUAGGCCGAAUCGACGACGUUACCGCUGCCUCUACAGGAGGAAAAGUGACCAUGAACGACAACCUGCAGACCCUUAUGAAACUGCUGACCAGCAUGCUUCAACACAACUUUCAAAUGUUCAACGACGACGAGGUUGGAGCAAUUUUAGGUGAAGUGGUGACCAUGUGUCGUCGAACGUCUUCCAAAUCAGACAUUGAAGCGGCCCUUGAAAUGUUCAAUACGGUCAUUCAGAGCGGCUACGUGCCCAUCAAGAGCAUUCCCGUGGUCCUCGACAUUCUGUGCUCCACAUAUGUCACCAUUCCCGACUUGGAAGAGGCCGUUGGACAGUCUUUGACUAUGCUGUGCAGUUCCCAUGUGGGCCAUGCAACAGUUGAAAUCAUGUUCAGAUACCUCCAGGAUGCUGGCAAGAACACAUCUGGACAAAACGCACCCAAUGGAAACACUUUGAGAGGCACUGUUCGAUUUCUGCGUGUGCUGGCUGAGAAUACCCCUCCUGAAUUGAAGUUGGAUAUCACAAUGGGGGCAGUUCUAGGAGCUUACGAGGACUCUUUGCGUCUAGGAAGCGCCAACCACGAUUUGGAGGUGUGUCAGAACGUGACGGAACUCGUUCGAAACCAGGAAACGUGCCGAAAAAUCACCUACGAAGACUGGGACUCGGACCACUCACCUUACGUGAUCAUUGCCAGGUGUGCUGAGCAGGAAAUGGAUGAUUCAGCAACAGGCAACCAAUCAAGUAUGCAUCGAACAGGUUCGAUUACUAAGACCGCGGGUACAGGUCAGGGCUCAACUUCGCUCUUUGACAAGAAGAGCGCACAUUUCGAAACCCGAUCACGGCUUAGUAAGCGAGCAGGCAGUAUCUUUUCUGCUGACUCCACCAAGGAUGGCAAGGAGAACAAGGAGGAUAGUGCUGCUCCUGCCCCGGAACCAUCCAAGUUGAUGUUGUGCAUCAGGGAUUUUGUGGAGCUUGUUUCUUCUUUGGAACGUAAGGCUGACUUUACUGCACCUAAGGAACAGACCAUCCAAUUCUAUUUGGAAAUGGCUCCUUUCUUAAACGAAUCUUCUGCUGCUCGAAUUGUGCGUCACUUCGAAGACUCGUACCUCUGUUCGCCAUUUUCUUCCAACUGGGAAGCCAAUACUGAGCUUGUUCUCGACUUUUUGGAGCCCUACUGGCCCGAUGGCGUACGGAUGCUGGUUCUGGACUUUAUGGAUAGACUCUACACUGUCUCUUCUGAAGUCAAUGAUCGAGAUAUGCUGAACAAGCUGAUUUCCAUGCUCUCAAAUACCUACAGAUCAUCACAUCUGACUACCAAGGUUCGAUCGCGUUUGCUGACUCUGCUUACUGAUAUGAGCAAAAGUGCGUCCUUCGACGUGUUCAACACCAUGCUACGAGACAUUACAGCUACUGGAGAGGCCCCCGCUGUUGAGCUGGUGUACUCUCUGGGACGAAUGUUCGGCCAAUUUAUGUUGAUCCAGCCUCAAAAAGCCCAGCUGGUUUACACCACUCUAGUGAAAAUGCUACCCACUUUGCGACAACAGAACUCUGUGGACGCCUACCUUGAAGCAUGUCGUUUGUUUGUGCGACUGCGAUCCACCGACGACGAAUACGUGUACAUCACAAACCCCGUGGACAUGGAUGGACUGUCUGCUUCGUUUGGCCGAAACUACACCGGUCGAGAAGAGGAGUGUGACAAACCGUGGCAUUUCCCCGAAGAUGUCAAGUUUCUGGACGGUGUUGAGCGGAACAAGCCGUGCCGAAAACUGAUGGUGGGUCCUCCUGGCCAGGAGCCCCGGAACGGGGUCUACAGUAUCGACACAUCGCUUUGGUUCUCAGAGAUUCUACAGGUCAUCAGCAAGGCUCAGUGUGACUGGGAGAUUUACUCUUUUGUCUUGGCUCAUUUGGGACCUCAGCUUUCCAAUUUGGCAUUGUUCAAGUGGUCGCAUCAGGACAUUAAGGCUCUUAGAGUGGCACUCUCUGAGGGUAUUUCCGACCGGCUCCCUGCUGCGUUGAAGAUCCCCAAGGACAUUUCCAAGCCUGAUAUCGGAGUGGCCAUUAUUCGAAACAUUUCAUCCUUUAUUGGCUAUGGAGAUCUUCUGUCGAGAACAGACGAGGAGUAUAUUCUUCAAGCAUUGGUGGCUGGCUUGUCGUCAUGGGAAAAGACUGCUAUUCCCUGUAUCCAUGCCCUGGUUCUAUGUUGUUACGAGUUCCCCGUAUCUAUUCGACGAUUCCUGCCCCAAAUCUUUACAAAGUUCCAGACGAAGAUCACUACUCUCUCUUCUUCUCCCCACAUUCUCGAGUUUCUCCUCGCCCUAUCUCGAAUGCCCUCUCUUACCCGAUCAUUCACUCAGGAUGAGUACAAGCGAAUCUUCGGCAUGGCCUUCAAGUACAUUCAGCACGCCAACGAUUUGGCCAAAAUGAGCGAUGGAUCGAAACAUCAGGUCAACUAUGACCCCACUGGUCCGGAUACAAAGUCGUCCACUGAUGCGACUCAGUUCAAUGGCACCGUCAUGAGCCAGUAUUUGCUUGCUCUGGCCUACAACGUGAUUAUCGCUUGGUUCCUUAAACUCGAUAUUUCCAAACGUCACUUUCUGGCUAAGUUCAUUGUGCGAAACCUCAUUUUGGCAGACGGAAACCCUGCCGACAUCGAUCCCCAGUCUCUUGCACUGCUUGAUCUGAUUCAGCGAUUUGCUUUCACUGACUUCGAUCUUCAGAUGCCUUCCAUGAUGGGUAUCAAUGCCCACCUCAAGGACAAGAAGACUUCCACAAAGCAGUGGCUGUAUGGAACUUCAGUCAUCUCCAUCCAGACUGUUCUGACCACUGGAGAAACUCAGUAUAUUGUCAGAAGACCCACCGGCACUGCUAUCAUCAAUGUGAACCCCUCCGACAAGAUGGUCCCUCGACAGACUCAGACUGAGCAGUCUUCCGAAGAGCUAUUUUCCCCCAACUACUUCCUUUUGCAGACCCUCCCUACUGAUGUCACAGCCGAUAUCCCCAAGCCCAUUGCUCUUGGUACAGAUCCUGCUACUACUCGAGCGGUGUCUGCUAUUGACCGUAUCCCUGUGGUUGAUUUUCACAAGGUCGGUGUCAUGUACAUGGGCCCCAAUCAGAAGGAAGAGACGGAAAUUUUGGCUAACCAAACUGGAUCUCUUCAUUACCGGCAGUUCAUGUCUUCUCUCGGUACUCUGACCCGUCUCAAGGAUAACAAGUCCAUCUACACUGGUGGACUCGACACCGAGCAGAAUGUGGAUGGUGAAUUUGCAUACUGCUGGAGAGACAAAAUUUCACAGCUUGUUUUCCAUGCCACUACACUCAUGCCUCCCCCUCUGAAUCCCCAAGAUACCGCCUAUGCUUCUAAAAAGCGGCACAUUGGCAACGACUAUGUUAACGUGUUCUUUGACGAGUCUGGACUCACUUUUGAUUUCAAUACCAUCAAGUCUCAGUUUAACUUCAUCAACAUUGUCAUCACGCCUCACUCGGCUAACUUCGAUAAGUCUCACAUUUUUGCAGAUACCAAGGACGAGCCCAAGACCCCAGCAGACCAGCCCACUCGCUACUACAAGGUCCGAGCUUACCGAAAGGCAGGAGUGCCUGCUAUUUUUGCUGCCUGUCACUUGAAGAUCAUCUCCGAAGGCUCUCUGCCUGAUUUCAUUCGAAACCUCGUUUUGAUCGCCUCCAAGUUUGCAACUAUCUGGUACUCCGACGGUCAGUAUGUGUCGAAUUGGAGGUACCGACUGCAGCAGAUUCAGCAGCUAAAGGAGAAGACAGUGGCCCAGGUUGAGGCAGCAGCAGCUGAGAAGAAGAAUGCUGCUACUGACAGCAAGGAUAUGGCGGCCUCGUUCCUCGAACAGCUGCAAGGAGGAGGUGCACCUGACGACAAUGAUGACGAUGACGACGAUAAUCCGUCUGGACCUGUUUUUACUGAAGAUGAAGAUACCGGUAAUGACUUGCCCUUGUUGAAGAGCCUGGACUUCACUUCGUUCUUGAACUAA